CCCAUCCAACCGGCCCUACACAUCCAUACCAGUUCCCUUAAAACUCAUAACCACCAAUAACCCAUCACAUCCUGAACCACGUGACGAGCGGCAUGCACGGACCAGGUCCUGUUUAGCCUGCAAGCCUGCAAGCCUACACAUCAAGUGAGGUGGAUUCCCGGAUUCUCCACGCCCUGCGCUCUGCCGAACUCCGCUGUUGGCUCUUAGUCUGCAGCGAAGCGCGGACCGUCGGGCCGUCACACCGGGUCUAACGAGACGUCAGCACUCCCGAUACGAACGCAAUUGCUGUCGUGCUGAAUUUAAAGAGCACCGCAUCUCCCCCAAUUAUUAUGGCUACCAGCCAGAUACUCAAUCGGCUACUACGAUGAUGGACACGAAGCAGAGCGAACGGGAGAAGCUCCUCGACGAGAAACACGUCGAAAUCGUGCCCCACGGCGCUCGACGCAGCAAACGACCGUCGUCACACCGGAACGCCUUUUUGGGAUUCGCUGUUCUUGCGACUGCAGUGUUGUACUUCACAUCUGGCCCCUGCCGCCAUCAUCCCCACCACGGGCCGAACGAUGAAGCCGCGCAAUGGCAGAGCGAAGGAUGGUUCCCCAGUCCUCGCGGCGGAACCGUCAAGAGCUGGGAAGAGAGCUACCGCAAGGCAGCUGAGAUGGUGGGAAAGAUGACGCUCACUGAAAAGGUCAACGUCACUACGGGAACCGGAUGGUCACAGGGUCUAUGUGUUGGGAAUACGGCGCCAGCCGUUCACGUCGGCUUUCCAUCGCUGUGCUUGCAGGAUGGUCCGCUGGGAUUGCGGUUUGUGGAUCAUGCGACGGCAUGGCCGGCAGCGUUGACGGUCGGGGCGACGUUCAAUCGCGAACUGGCCUUCAGGAGGGGCGCGGGCCAUGGCGAAGAGGCAAGGAAGAAAGGUGUUCAUGUGCUAUUGGGACCAUCUAUGGGACCGCUGGGGAGGAUGCCCGGUGGCGGGAGAAAUUGGGAGGGUUUUGGCACGGAUCCAUACUUGCAAGGUGUGCAGGCUGCGCAGACCAUCCAGGGAAUCCAGUCCUCCGGUGUUAUUGCUACAGCAAAGCACUUCAUUCUCAACGAACAGGAACAUUUCCGACAGAUUCUCGAGUGGGAGGAAAGCCCGGAACACGCCAUCUCAAGCAAUGUCGAUGACAGGACCAUGCACGAGCUCUACCUUUGGCCCUUCGCGGAUUCCAUCAGGGCUGGUGUAGCCUCUGUGAUGUGUUCAUACAACCAAGUGAACAACACCUACGCCUGCGGAAAUUCCAAGACUAUGAACGGCCUUCUGAAGGACGAGCUCGGUUUUCAGGGAUUCGUCCAAAGCGACUGGUACGCUCUCCGUGACGGAGUAUCGUCGAUCCUCGGCGGUCUCGAUGUAGUGAUGCCCGGCAAUAUUGUACACGACGACGCCGGCUACUCUCUUUUCGGUGCCAACCUCACCGCCGCCGUCAUGAACUCGACGAUCCCGCUGGAACGCCUGGACGACAUGGCACUCCGUGUAGUGGCAGCCUGGUACCAAUUGUCGCAGGACGACAAGUCCAAAUUUCCCGAGGAGAAGCCCAACUUCUCCAGCUGGACAGACGAGAAAGAAGAUUUCAUCUAUCGCGGCGCCGGGGAGGGCGAGCGCGGCGUUGUAAACCAGUACGUCGAUGUCCAAUCGGACCACUGGAAGACUGCUCGGCAGAUUGCGGUCGAGGGAACAGUACUAGUCAAGAACUCUGGUAUCCUCCCACUUCGGCGUGGGGCAUUUAAGGGGAAGAAUAUCGGCAUCUACGGCGAAGAUGCAGGUUCCGAGGAUCAAGAGGGAUUCCCCAACUUCUGCAAGGACCGCGGAUGCAACAAGGGGAGUCUUGGGAGUGGCUGGGGAAGUGGUGCGGUCGAGUAUGCCGUUUUCCACUCGCCGUUGACGGAGUUGAAGAGAUCAUUCAACAGCUCCGCCGAUGACAUCCCCAAUUUCACCGCAAUUACGGAUAACGACCAGACCUCGCACAUUGCGAGAUCUGCCAGUUCCCAGGAUCUGUGUUUCGCCUUCAUCAAUUCGGAUGCUGGGGAGGGUUAUAUCACGGACCCGUUGAUAGGCGUGGCUGGAGAUCGUAACGAUCUGUAUGCCCAGCGCGGUGGUGAUAGCGUUGUCAAGACCGUCGCCAGGAACUGCGAGAAUACUAUCGUUGUCGUCCAUGCCGUUGGCCCGGUCAUCCUCGAGAAGUGGAUCGAUAUUCCCGGCGUCAAGGCGGUCGUUCUCGCCCACCUUCCGGGACAGGAGAGCGGGAAGGCGCUGGCCGAGAUCAUAUUCGGCGACGCAAACCCCAGCGGAAAGCUCCCCUACACCAUUGGCAAGAGCCUUAAGGACUACGGCCCCGGCGCACAGAUAAUGUACCACCCGAACGCCGAGGUGCCGCAGCAGACCUUCAAGGAAGGCUUCGAGGUUGACUACCGAUACUUCGACAAACACGACAUCACUCCUCGCUAUCCCUUCGGCCACGGGCUGUCCUACACGUCAUUCACCAUCUCCUCACCAAAACUAGUCGAGCACAUGUCCAAGGCCACCUUCCCAUCGCCGCGGCCAGAUAUGAUCGCCCCGCCCACGAUCCAAUCCACACUUCCUCCGGUCUCGGAGGUCCUGUUCCCACGGAACUUCAAGAAAAUCCUCCACUACAUCUACCCCUACCUCUCCAGCGUCUCCGAGAUCUUCUCGCAGCACCCGGUCUCUUACCCCAAGGACUACUUCACGACGCGCCCCCUAUCCCCAGCCGGCGGCGGCGAGGGCGGUAAUCCCUCGCUGUGGGAUGUGAUCGCUAGUCUCUCAGUGGCGGUCAAGAACACGGGCGAUGCGUCCGGGGCGGAGGUCGCGCAGCUCUACAUUGGAUUUCCCGAGGUUGAAGGCGUCGAGUUUCCGGUCAGGGUGUUGAGAGGGUUUGAGAAGGUGCACCUUGGGAAGGGCGAGGAGACGAAGGUCACCUUUGAGGUCAGGAGGAGGGAUUUGAGCUACUGGGAUGUAAACGCGCAGAAUUGGAGAAUGCCCACGGAUGGCAGGUUUACUCUGUGGGUCGGGAAUAGCUCCAGGGAUCGGCAGGUUGAGGUCGAGUUUUAGAAACUCGGUGGUGGAUGGGAUGGUGGUUGGUGGCUGAUAGAAUGAAUUGUAUACUUUUUGGUUACUGAAAA